CUUUAAACAUUACGGUAAACUUCGAUAGCACGCUGUGCUCACUGCCGCCCAGCGGCUCAAGUUAGUACUAGCAUUUGACUGGAGUACUGUUAAAUGCGCGAAGGUAGUGGACACCUGCGUCCAGUGGUACGUCGAAGAGCUAUGUCUAAGUGGCUGAAUGAUGGUGAAGUACUGGUGGGUCAAGGCAGUGGUGAGGCAGUACCAGUGAGCCCCAGACUGCGGGGCCUACCACCUGGAAGCCCCAUGCCAGGCCGGGUACGUAGUCCACUGGCUUCACCAAGUGCCAGAGAGACAGUGCCAGGAAGCCCACAGGUAGAAACCAUGGGAAAGGCCAAGGAGCUCUUUGUGCUGUGUGACAAAGAGGGCAAAGGCUUCAUCACAAAGCGGGAUAUGCAGAGGCUGCAAGGGGAGUUGCCGCUGUCCCCAGAACAGCUGGAGGAGGUCUUUGAGAGUCUGGACAGACAGAGCAAUGGAUUCCUCACUCCCGCUGAGUUCAACAUGGGACUUGCUCUUCUUCCUGUCUGUGCUGCAGGUGAGUUGAUGGGACCGGAGGACACGACUGAACUGAGUCAAGACGAAGCAGAAGAAGAUAUGGACGGGCUGGACAUGUCCCAGGACCCCACUGCAGUUAGAUUUGUAAACAUCCUGAUGGAGCUGGGUGCUGACAAACUGUUCAAAGAUCAGCAGGAGUUAUGCAGUCUGUGGUGUGACCUCCAGAGAGACAGACCCGAGCUACUCAGUGUCCUGGAAGGCAUCCUGAUCCACACGGCGUCCCAUUUACAGGACUCCAUCAGAGAGAGGGAUAGUCUGGAACAGGCUUUACGCAGACGGGAGAGUGAACAUGAUCAGGUCAUUCGGUCCAUAUAUGAAGAAAUGGAGAGCCAAAUCCAGGAGGAGAGAGAGAAACGCCUGACUCAGGAGAGUGUUAGACAGAGGCAGAGAAGGAAGCAACUCGAGGAGGAGCUGAAGAUUCGGGAGCAAGAGUUGGAGAAUACACAGCUCAGACAGAAAGAGCUGGAGACCAGAAUCCGGCAGCUAAGUUGCGAACAGGCAAACAUCAAGGAGCAGAACCAGCAGCUGCGUAGCCUCAACAUCCAGUUACAGGAGCAGGUGGAGAGCAGCCGACAGCAGCUGCAGGCUGCUCUCAGUCAGCUCAGCCUGCUGCAGCUCAGUGCUGCCCAGGAACAAGUGGCCAGACAGAAAAAUGUGAUGAAGGUAUCGAGGAACAUGCAGAAAGAGAAGGACAGUCUCUUGAGACAGCUGGAUCUAUUGAGGGAUAUGAACAAAAGGCUGCGAGAUGAGAAAGAUGCACGGCAUUCACAGAAGAGGCGUCCAAAUGUCACAAAGACCUUGCAGAAGAAAGGGUCAAUCAUAGGUAACUACUUACCACAAGACAAGCCACUGAAAAGACAGCUGAGCUCAUCCGAUGAGUUGGAGCAGAAAAAAGGCAAAGAGGUGACCAAUUCAUCAAAGGGACACCAACCGUCAUGUAGAGUCAGGUGUGAAAAUGUUGAACAGAUGCAAACUCAGAGCAAAGUUGUCAGCCCUCAGCGAGUGUUCAAGGUGGUGUUCCUGGGUAACUCAGGAGUGGGUAAAACCUCCUUCAUCCAGCACUACUGCACAGGACACUUUCGCAGUAAUGUGAGCACCACUGUCGGUGUAGAUUUCCAGAUGAAGACUGUGACUCUGGGCUCCACCACCAUCACCCUGCAGCUCUGGGACACCGCAGGACAGGAGAGGUUUCGCAGCAUCACUGAGCAGUACUAUCGUAAAGCUGACGGUAUCCUCGCCAUGUAUGACCUAACACACUACCCCUCCUUCACCGCUGUGAGAGGGUGGUUGGACGCUGUGAAGGAGAAGAUGUGUGAAGGAGCAGUACUGAUGCUACUGGCAAACAAGCUGGACCAGGUAGACAGUGACAGCAGACAGGUGACUGCGGGGGAGGGGCAGAGACUAGCAGAGCAACACCGAGCCUUGUUUUACCAGUGCAGUGCCAAAACUGGAUGUAACGUGGAGGAGCUGAUGACUGAUCUGGCCAGGAUGUUAGUGUCCCAGCAUGAUCGACAAUGUGAAGAUGCACUUUUACUGACGGAGGACACUGGUAAAAAAGGCUGCUGUACAUAAACAGCGGAAAGGUGUGAGCACUAUGGUUGACUGGUGUCUCAUUUGUCUUUGCUGGGACAGUCGGAUUAUGAGGAAUGUUGACACAAACAAGGACAUGCUUCUGUGUACAAGUUUACUGAACAGUAUCCAUAAUCUUUGCCUAUGAUGGUAUUUGUCUUUAAUUUCCAUACAAUAAAAUAUAUUUUCAAAGACUGCU